AUGAAAUACUUAGGUUUGCUUAUUAAUGAAAUAAAUUUUAGACGAUUCUUGUUGUAUUACUCACCGAAGCAUGUUAUAUGCUUAUUUUAAUCGGAUGUGAAUAAAAUGAAUAAUAAAAAUAAUUUUAAAACAUAUGCUGUUUUUGAUAUUGAAACAACUGGUUUACCUCAUUUGAAUUUCAAUAAAGUAAAUAUAAUUGAGUUCGCCGUUUCAACAGUAUCAAGGGAUGAUAUAGUUAAAUCCAAAACCGGCGAAACUCCAAGAAUUAUCAAUAAUUUAUCUUUACUAUUUAACCCGCGAAUGAGAAUUGACCCCGAAUCAUCUAAAAUAACGGGGUUGGAUAAUUAUCAGUUAGAACAUGAAAAUUCGUUUGAUGAAAAUGCUGCCAAAACAAUAAUAGGAUUUUUUAAACAUCUACAAGGGCCAAUUUGCCUAGUAGCACAUAAUGGAGAUAGAUUUGAUUUUCCAAUUUUGAAAAAGGCGUUCGAAAAAGUCAAUCUUAGCCUACCAGAAAAUGUGUAUUGUGUUGAUACCUACAAAGCUAUCCCAUACAUUGAUCACACAAAAAAAAUAGAUGAAGAAAAUAAAGAAAAGGAAGAAGCUGAUAAACUUUUAAGUUUGGAAGAGGCAUUAUUGGAUAACGAAGUAAAAAAUUCCUUAAAAGAACAAUUCGAAAUAAAUAGCACAUUGAAAGAAGAAAAAUUUGAUAUUCAAAAAAUAAAUGAAACUACACCACAUCGUCCUACGAAAAUGCAAGGAAAUAAAGCAAAAGAGAAUACUUAUAGUGAACUUUUGGAAAAUAAACAAAAUCGCAACGAUAUUUUAUCAAAUCAUUGUGAAAUUUCCCACAAUUCACCACAAAACAAAGGGGACAAAAAAGUUAAAAGGGAAUUAUUCAAACAAUCACCAGAAUCUGAUUUAACAUCUGAGACACCCAAAAAAAUAACUAUACCAAGAAGUCCGAAAGGUUAUUACACUCUAACCGGAAUUUUUAAAAGAAUUUUCUAUGAGCCGAAAAAAUCUCAUCAUGCUGGUGCAGAUGUUGAAAUGUUACAAAAAAUCAUUAUUAAUUAUGGAGAAGAUUUUGUGAAAUAUUCUGAAUUGAAUGCUAUACCAUUUUCUGAAGUGAAUUCAUUGGGAAGUAAAACAUAGACAACUUUACGUUUUGUAUUAAGUGUUGAUAAUAUUUUUUUUAAGCAAUUUAUUAAAUGAUUAAUAAUAAUUUUUUGAAAAUUUUAAAGUUAAUUUUUCUAUAAUUAAAAUAAGAUUUAUACAAUUUUUUAUAAUAAUUUUUUAAAAUUAUAAUAUAGUUAGAUUCUUAGUUAAUAAAAUUUAU